AUCAAUGUCUCCAAUGGCAUCUUGAUCACACCAUGGCGAUCUUGACAGCGUCGGCGCGGAGGAGAUCCGUGUCACAGGCAUCUGGCCGUGAUCCUGCGCUCCCAUCCGUGGAUCGACCUCGAAGCUGCUCCGCCCAUCGAGUGCCAACGCCGCGUGGCCACAGUUUACAAAAAACGCUGGGCACACGUGGUGUGUCGACUGACCUCCGGCAAAGAGAGCCACACCCAGCUGAAGGGCUGACCGCUGUCCUUUUCCUCGAUGUUGAUGGUGUACUGCAUCCUGUGCAGGCACGACACCCGCGCCAACAGUUUUCGACAAACUGCCUGGCGCUUGUGGCCGAGGUGGUGAAGGCCACUGGUGCUUCAAUUUGUUUAUCAACAGCCUGGAGAUUGGAUCCUUCGGCCCGACGAUUUGUCGAGGAAAAGCUGCGAGAAGUUGGGUUGGGUCCUCCAGUGGGACGUACGCCAAACCUCGCUCAGUUCCACCGCAGUCGGGAGAUCCUCGCAUGGGUCACGAGGUUCAAACCAUCUACUUGGGUGGCAUUGGACGAUUGGCCCCUGAACGAGGAGGAUUCGAAGAUGCACGGUCACUUUGUGCAGUCUCGACCACGUUUUGGAUUGCAGCCAGAUACGGCGCAGCGUGUUGUGGAACUGUUCAAAGCACAACAGCCCAAAGCCUUAGUGGAAGUUGGACGACCCUGUUGCUGCUACUGCUGAAGCUGUUGUUGAUGCUUGUCCUGCCCUCCUGCCAAGCGUUUUCAGAAUAGUGUCCACAGUCGGAAGUGCUUGAACUAGUUGCUUUUAUAUGCUUUUAUAUGUACUGACUUCCUGAGGUGCGGUGCAAUUAGGUCUCCACCUAUAUAGGUUCUUUCAACAAUGUUCGAUCAGAUCUAGGACGUCCAAAAGGCUGGGGAAUCCGCUUACCGUAGUUGCUUUUCACGUCCCAGCUCAGCAGCAGGGUCUGGGUUUGUUUGUAAAUACGGGUUACUCCUGAAGAAACCUCAAGAUAUCUUAUCCUUGGAGCUGGUUGACAUGGCAACGUUUGUUGAUGCUUGCCGUAUCAGAUGGUUUGAGAACUGUUGGGUUUGGCACAAACAGCCAAACGUUUUGGACUUUUUUGGAAGAUCUUUACCAACAGCCUCUUGACGUGCGCACCAUUGGCACUCCAGACCCCUAUCCCGACCCUGCGUGUGCUGAUCCAGUUUUGUGCGCAGAUGAUACCCUACUAUCAGGAACUGCUUGCUGCUGUGUCUCAACUCGUUUUUGCCGAGGCAGCGCCUGAAGAACCGCUCAUAAUGUGCAUCAGGCAGCAUACAAGCUUGCCGAGAAGGUGUGUGAUUUGUUUUUUGCUUUCCAAUCCUGAGUAGAUUUCUUGGCUUCACAUGUGGUGUGUCCAGAGAAGAUCCUUUGGACACUGAUGAUACUGCUUAGAACCAUGUUGACUAGCAAUGUGGUGUAGUGCCUCAUAGUGCCUCUAAGAGGGCUUGUUCAACCGAAAGAUCGCCCAUUUCAUGCGAAAAGGAUAGAAAGAGCUGUAGUUUCUUUCUGCACACAACACCUGAAGUGGGAGAGGAAAGUGCGUUCAGAGAGGGAGAAAGAGAGGGUGAAAGGAGAUCACCGUCUCUCAUCAGCAGCUUGCUCAGAAACUAGAGAACGAUAGAUUUUUCAUGUUGUUGCUUAGGUCAAGAAUGAACAUUGCUUACUAUGCCAUUAUAUCACAUAGGUGGGCCUUUGGGCCGUGCCUUUUGAUUGCAUUCCUGCAGGAAGGGCGGCCGUUUGCUUGAAGCUUUCUGCACAAUUGAUGCAUCUCCAUGACCACCAUGAUAGCAUCCCAUCAAUUUGCAUCAACGAUUAGAUCAUGAUUCUGAAUUCAGCCAUUUGAACCCAACCUUGGCUGAAAAGUGAAGUGGAUUUCCACCCUGGCGGUCAAUUUCAUAAUCUGGUGAAUGCAUGCUUUGCAAAUUCCAAGAAGCCUUCGUAUUUGGCCUCACUGACGGUGCUGUAAUUGAUGUGCUUUUUGCCCGAAGAUAUGACUGAGCUCAGCGUCGCGAGAGUCCAAAUCUAAUAUCUUGUUACUAGUAGUAAUGCCCUUUCACUACGGGCGAGAAUGUGUCCCAGGAUGGUCUUACCAG